GACCCGUGACCCGUGACCCCGUGACCCGUGACCCAGGCAGGAUCGACUCGGUGUUGGUGGCGAAUCGGGGAGAGAUUGCGUGACCCCGUGACCCCGUGACCCCGUGACCAGGCAGGAUCGACUCGGUGUUGGUGGCGAACCGGGGAGAGAUUGCGUGGACCGUGACCCCGUGACCCCGUGACCCAGGCAGGAUCGACUCGGUGUUGGUGGCGAACCGGGGAGAGAUUGCGUGCCGCGUCAUCCGUUCGGCGAGGGCCAUGGGGGUGCGGAGCGUGGCGGGUUCAGCGACCCCGACGCUACAGCCAUGCACGUUCGCCAUGGCGGACGAGGCACACCACAUUGGCCCAGCGGCGUCACAGCUGAGCUACCUGAACAUGGACAGAAUCCUGGACGUGGCACGGCACUCCGGUGUCAGGCAGUGCACCCAGGCUACGGGUUUUUGUCGGAGUCUGCGGAGUUUGCUGAGCGGUGCCACGCGGCCGGAGUUGUCUUCGUUGGGCCACUGCCUCCGCCAUCAGAGACAUGGGGUUCAAGAGCACGUCCAAGGCCAUCAUGGAGGCGGCCGGGGUGCCAAUCAUCAAGGGUUACCACGGCGACGACCAAUCAGACGGGCGGCUGAGAAAGGAGGCGGAGCUUAUCGGCUACCCGGUGAUGGUGAAGGCAGUGAGGGGUGGCGGUGGCAAGGGCAUGAGGAUCGUGCGGAGCGACGUGGAGUUUGAGGAGCAGCUGGGAGCGGCACGGAGAGAGGCGAUGAAGUCAUUCAACAAUGACGACAUGCUCAUAGAGAGAUUCCUCCAGAACCCACGGCACGUGGAGGUGCAGGUGUUUGCGGAUCACCACGGCAACGCUGUGUACCUGUUUGAGAGAGACUGCAGCGUCCAGCGGAGACACCAGAAGGUCAUAGAGGAGGCUCCCGCGCCGGGGCUCACUGAGGAGGUUCGCAGGGAGCUCGGGGAGGCGGCCGUGAGAGCAGCGAAGGCGGUGAACUACGUGGGGGCCGGCACGGUGGAGUUUGUGAUGGACGCGGCUCAGCGCUUCUUCUUCAUGGAGAUGAACACGCGGCUCCAGGUGGAGCACCCCAUCACCGAGCUGGUCACCGGCACCGACCUGGUGGAGUGGCAGCUGCGGGUGGCGGGUGGUGAGCGUCUGCCGCUGUCCCAGUCUGAGCUGCGUCUCCACGGCCACGCUGUGGAGGGCCGUGUCUACGCCGAGGAUCCUUCCCGGGGGUUCCUGCCCGUGUCCGGGCGUCUCCACUUCCUGUCCCCGGCACCCGCCCCCGGGGGCCACGUCCGCGUGGACACGGGCGUGAGACAGGGGGACGAGGUGACGCCGCACUACGACCCCAUGAUCGCCAAGGUCGUGGCGUGGGGCGAAGACCGCGACACCGCGCUGGGACGCCUUCACCACGCGCUGAGCCAGUACAACGUGGUGGGCGUGGAGACCAACGUUCCCUUCCUGCUGUCCCUCGCUGCCCACCCGGCGUUCCGCGCCGGCCUGGUGGACACCGGAUUCAUUGAGCGCCACCAGCACAGCCUGGCCAUGGCCACCACCACCACCACCGCGGCCACCACGGCCACCACCACCACCGCUACCACCGCCACCGCCACCACCACGGCCACCGCCACCGCUACCACCACGGCCACUACCGCCACCACCACCGCCACCACCACGGCCACCACCGCCACCACCGCCACCACCGCCACCACCGCCACAGCGGUUUGCCGGGCAGCGCUGGCUGUGAUACUGCGGGAGAAGAGGGAGACGCAGAGGUUCAGCUGCACCUCCCGUGACUCGGUGUCUCCGUUUGCCGGGAGCUGUGGACAUCGCCUCAACUCACAGCAGACUCGGAGACUCUCGCUGAGACACGGGGAGACAGAUGUGCAGGUUGAUGUCACUUACAACACAGAUGGCUCCUUCACCAUGCAGAUCGGUGAGCAGUGUCACCGGGUGAGCGGUGAGCUGCUGGGUGAGGAGGUGAUGCGGUGCCGGGUGGACGGCGUUGUCUGCCAGCUUCACCUCGUCUUUCACGAAGACAGCAUCCACCUCCUCAGCACCGCUGGAUGCGUCUGCAUCUCGGUUCCCGUUCCGCAUUUCGUCUCCGCCACGGCUGCUUCCCCCACCGCCAUCGCCGGAGCCGUCGCCCCCAUGGCCGGCACCAUCGAGAAGGUGAUGGUGAAAGUGGGUGAUGUGGUUCAAGCCGGGGAUCCGCUCAUCAUCAUGAACGCAAUGAAGAUGGAGCACACGAUCCGUGCCCCCCGCGGGGGCCGUGUGAAGGCCGUGCUCUUUGCCGAGGGGGCCCAGGCGGCGCGCCACGCCGCCCUCGUGCGCUUCCACGAAGACGCCGAGGCGACGGGGGACGCCGCAGCCCCCCCUCAGGCCUGAAGCCUGCCGCUGCACUGAGUAGCCGAGGCCUGAAGCCUGCCGCUCCACUGAGUAGCCGAGGCCUGAAGCCUGCCGCUGCACUGAGAAGCCGAGGCCUGAAGCCUGCCACUCAUCAGAGUAGCCGAGGCCUGAAGCCUGCCGCUGCACUGGGCAGCCGAGGCCUUAAGCCUGCCGCUCUACUGAGUAGCCAAGGCCUGAAGCCUGCCGCUCCACUGAGAAGCCGAGGCCUGAAGCCUGCCGCUCUACUGAAUAGCCAAGGCCUGAAGCCUGCCGCUCUACUGAGUAGCCGAGGCCUGAAGCCUGCCGCUCCACUGAGUAGCUAAGGCCUGAAGCCUGCCACUCAUCAGAGUAGCCAAG